AUGGAAAGAUUUCGAUUUUUGGUUGAAAGCAAAACAGAGCAACUAUUUUAUCGAACUGGACUGUUAAUUGCACGAAGACCAAGAUUUUUUUUAAUUUCAACAUUAGUACUGACAGCUUUAUUGUCGACUGGCGGGGUUAAUUUUCAUGAGCACAAUAACGUCCGGGAAGACUUUAGCGCAAAUGAUUCUCCAUCACGGCAUGAAUUCGCAGUUACGCGGGAUUUCUUUCGGAACUUUGGAUCACUUUUUCAUUUAGUAAUUGCUAUGAAGGCUUCUGAUGAUGGGUCACUUUUAAGGCCUAAAUAUUUAGAUAAAGCAAUUGAAAUCGAAGAAUACUUGCAGUACCAACUGAAUAUUCCCUAUAAUGGUCGAAGGUAUUCAUAUUCGGACCUUUGUGGUUCACAUUGUGAAGCGAGCGAUGUUGUGAGCACUUUCUUGAAUAUAUACAGAGAAGUUUAUAUCAGGAAAAAAGGAGCAGUUAAAUUAACUUAUCCAUCAAUGGAUUUAUUUGGUAAUCGAAUAUAUCUUGCUAAUAACAUUUUCCAAGUUACACUCAAUAACAGGCAAGCAUUUUUAAAUCCACGGGUAUCGCACAUAAUUGAGAGUUGUCGUCUAAUUGCGAUCAACUUUCAAGCCAUUCAGCAAAAUUCUACUGUAGAAGAGAUAAUGAAGCUUUGGGAAUAUGAAGUGUUCAAAUUUUCCGAAGCAACCAAAAACAAUUCUUUAAUUCGAGUUUUUGCAACAUCCGAAGGUUUAGUGAGCAAAGAAGUUCGUAGAACAGGUGUAGAAGCAUUACCUCUGAUCACUGUUUCUUUUUUGGUAGUUUUAAUAUUUACCGUAGCAACUUCUUUCAAACGUGACCCAGCAGCUAGUAAACCUUGGGAAGCUGCAUUUGGCGUUUUCUGUCCCAUACUAUCGCUCAUCGCAUCGUUUGGAUUUCUAUUUUGGUGCAAUGUGGUAUUUCUUCCAAUAGUUUGUGUAGUACCAUUUCUUGUAUUAGCCAUUGGCGUGGAUGACGUAUUUAUCUUUCUGCACUGUUAUCACCACACAGAUCAACGCUUACCUGUAGAAGAGCGAAUUGGUAAAAUGCUAGCAGAAGCUGGACCUUCUAUCACCAUUACUUCACUUACUAACUUUAUUUCUUUUGCAAUCAGUGCUUUAACACCAACACCUGCAAUACAGACAUUUAGCAUUUAUAUCAGCAUCACUGUAGUAUUUGAUUAUGUUUAUCAAAUUUUUCUUUAUUCUGCAAUUUUAACAUUUGCUGCACGCCGCGAAAAAAAACGUUUGCAUGCAGUUAUUCCGUGUAUAUCAAUUUCGGAUGUUGAAAAGAGAAUCGUUAGCACUCAGGCAAAUAUUUUCAAAACACUUGAUGAAUUUACUGAUAAUUUGAUGAAUUUGUGGGUAAACAUGGCUAUGAGUAAUAUAACACGCAUUACUGUAAUAUGCCUUAUGAUAUUCUAUUGGAUAAUAACUAUACGUGGAGUUACACGCACUAAAGUCGGACUAUCAUCUGAAAAAUUAUUUCCAUAUGACUCACCACUACUACCAUUCGUCAAACUGCAAACGGAAAUCAUAUUCAAGGAAGGCGGUCAGGUUACUAUAUUUGUGAAUAACCCUGGUGAUCUCAGAAAACCUCAAAUGAUUCCAAGAAUAAUGCGACUAGUCAAACAUUUCGAGCAUGCAACAGGAAGUAUCGGUGAUGAGAGUACUCAUUUAUGGUUUAUACCAUAUCUUUCUUACAUUGGAAUACAAGAACGUGGUGAGAUCGGGUUUAAAUAUAAAUAUCUGCCAGAAUUUAUGAAACUUCGGGAAUAUCAUCGCUGGAGUCACUUUGUUAAUCUUGGAUCACCUGAAGAUUGUAUUAAUGAGAAACCGAGUUGUUUGCAAAAGUUUUUCUUUUCAACUGGAUUUCGGAAUGCUGUAGAAUGGUCGCAACGUUUGCAAUUGCUUCAAGAAUGGAGAGGCAUAGCAGCACAAUAUCCUGAACUCAAUGUCACAAUUUUUGAAGCUUUCAGUAUGUAUGCUGAUCAGGUACUUAUAAUAGUACCAGUAACAAAAUCUACUGUAAUUUUCGCAUUUGUUGCAAUGGCAAUUGUGUUGCUUAUUUUUACACCUAGUUUAACAACAAUAAUUUCAUCUACUCUUUCAAUAAUCUCAAUCAAUCUGGGAGUUCUCGGAUCAUUGCCUUAUUGGGAUGUUAAUCUUGAUCCAAUUUCAAUGGCUACCAUAUUGAUGGCUAUUGGUUUUUCAGUAGAUUUCAUUGCUCAUAUUACGUUUCACUAUUACAAAGGACAAACAAGAGACAAACGUGAACGCUUGAAAUAUGCUUUCGCGUCGAUUGCAUGGCCCAUGACACAAGCGGGUAUAUCAACCAUAUUAAGUUUAUGCGUUCUCGGAGUGAUUCAAGCUUAUAUGGUGAAAGUAUUUGUGAAAGUUGUAAUACUUGUUGUCACGCUAGGACUUCUGCAUGGGCUAAUCAUUUUACCAGUUGUUUUUGGCAUGAUACCUCUGCAGAAACGAACGGUUUCGGAUGUUAAUAACAAGGUAUUAAGAAUUCAAAAAUUUUAUACUACUCUAUUUAAUCAUACAAUACGGAUAUCCGUUCCCACUAUAGCUAUCACAGCUUCUUCAUCACUGCCACUACCUAUCACAACCAUGAAAACCGAAAAGAAUGAACAAAAAUCUGCGGGUUUAAGUUGA